UCCCUCCCCAAUCGGCAAGAUGCCUCUUCGGCUCUAGGCUGCAUCGACAGCUUGCAACACUCGGCAUCUUUUCUGGAGGCGCCUCCUUCAGCGGCUGCAGAUGGCACCCUGCUGUGGGCUCGGGGCUCGCAAUUGACUCCCUCCUUUGCCCACUUUGGGUCCACGGACGCACCUCUCCCCUUCCCUCCUCCCCUCGUGCUCGUGGGUCAGAGCCCAGCUCUCGAGCGCCGGGCGGAGGAAGCAGUCUCCGCGGCUGAGGCUGAGCAGCAGCGCGCUUGCUCCCUGAUUUGGGGAGAAGCGGCCAUCCGGGAGAGCCGACCCUCAGCUGCCUCCAGCGCCCCUCACCUUUUGCACCCUAAGCCAGGGGCUCCAAGGACCCCCCCUCCCCAGGCGCCACCAUGCUGGACCCUUCAUCCAGCGAAGAGGAAUCGGAUGAGAUCGUGGAGGAGGAGAGCGGCAAGGAGGUGCUCGGCUCGGCCGCGUCCGGCGCGCGCCUGUCUCCCAGCCGCACCAGCGAGGGCUCGGGCGGCGGCGCCGGGCUGGGGGGCGGCGGCGGGGCCGGCGCCGGGGCCGGGAUGGGCGCCGGCGGCGGCGGGGGCAGCGGCGCGAGCAGCGGCGGCGGGGCCGGGGGGCUGCAGCCUAGCAGCCGCGCCGGUGGCGGCCGACCCUCCAGCCCUAGCCCGUCGGUGGUGAGCGAGAAGGAGAAGGAAGAGUUGGAGCGGCUGCAGAAGGAAGAGGAGGAGAGGAAGAAGAGGCUGCAGCUCUAUGUGUUCGUGAUGCGCUGCAUCGCCUACCCCUUCAACGCCAAGCAACCCACCGACAUGGCUCGCCGGCAGCAGAAGAUCAGCAAACAACAGCUGCAGACAGUCAAGGACCGGUUUCAGGCUUUCCUCAAUGGGGAAACCCAAAUUGUGGCUGACGAAGCCUUUAUGAAUGCUGUCCAGAGUUACUACGAGGUGUUCCUGAAGAGCGACCGCGUGGCUCGCAUGGUGCAGAGCGGCGGCUGCUCCGCCAACGACUCGCGAGAAGUCUUCAAGAAGCACAUCGAGAAGCGCGUGCGCAGCCUGCCGGAGAUCGACGGCCUCAGCAAGGAGACUGUGCUGAGCUCCUGGAUGGCCAAGUUUGAUGCCAUUUACCGCGGGGAGGAGGACCCCAGGAAGCAGCAGGCCCGGAUGACGGCCAGCGCCGCUUCGGAGCUGAUUCUGAGCAAAGAGCAACUCUACGAGAUGUUCCAGAACAUUCUUGGGAUCAAGAAGUUCGAGCAUCAACUCCUGUACAAUGCUUGCCAGCUGGACAAUCCGGAUGAGCAAGCAGCCCAGAUCAGACGAGAGCUGGACGGCCGUCUCCAAAUGGCAGACCAAAUAGCCAGGGAACGCAAAUUUCCCAAGUUCGUAUCCAAAGAAAUGGAAAACAUGUACAUUGAGGAGCUGAAGUCAUCCGUCAACCUGCUCAUGGCUAAUUUGGAGAGCAUGCCAGUGUCCAAAGGCGGCGAGUUCAAGCUUCAGAAACUCAAGCGCAGCCACAAUGCUUCCAUCAUUGACAUGGGUGAGGAGAGUGAGAACCAGCUGUCCAAAUCAGACGUCGUGCUGUCUUUCUCCUUGGAGGUGGUGAUCAUGGAAGUCCAAGGCCUCAAAUCCUUGGCUCCAAAUCGCAUUGUGUAUUGCACGAUGGAGGUGGAAGGAGGAGAGAAACUGCAGACCGACCAGGCCGAGGCUUCAAAACCAACCUGGGGCACCCAGGGUGACUUCUCUACAACCCAUGCACUGCCCGCUGUGAAGGUGAAGCUGUUCACGGAGAGCACGGGAGUCCUGGCCUUGGAGGACAAAGAGCUGGGACGGGUUAUUCUCCAUCCCACCCCGAACAGCCCCAAACAGUCAGAGUGGCACAAAAUGACAGUCUCCAAAAACUGCCCCGAUCAAGACCUCAAAAUCAAACUCGCUGUCCGAAUGGACAAACCUCAGAAUAUGAAGCAUUCUGGGUAUUUAUGGGCCAUCGGUAAGAAUGUCUGGAAGAGAUGGAAGAAAAGAUUCUUUGUCUUAGUGCAGGUGAGUCAGUACACAUUUGCCAUGUGCAGUUACCGGGAGAAAAAAGCCGAGCCUCAGGAACUUCUCCAACUGGAUGGCUACACCGUGGAUUACACAGACCCCCAACCAGGUUUGGAGGGUGGCCGAGCCUUCUUCAAUGCAGUCAAAGAAGGAGACACCGUGAUAUUUGCAAGUGAUGAUGAGCAAGAUCGCAUUCUCUGGGUCCAAGCCAUGUAUCGGGCCACUGGGCAGUCACACAAGCCUGUGCCCCCAACCCAAGUCCAGAAACUAAACGCCAAGGGAGGGAAUGUGCCUCAGCUGGACGCCCCCAUCUCCCAAUUUUCUGGACUGAAGGACGCAGAUAGAGCUCAAAAACAUGGCAUGGAUGAAUUUAUCUCUUCCAACCCCUGUAACUUUGACCACGCUUCCCUCUUUGAGAUGGUGCAACGCCUAACUUUGGAUCACAGACUUAAUGAUUCCUAUUCUUGCCUGGGCUGGUUCAGUCCUGGCCAGGUGUUUGUACUAGACGAGUACUGCGCCCGGAACGGAGUCCGAGGAUGUCACCGACAUCUGUGCUACCUCAGAGACUUGCUUGAACGGGCAGAAAACGGCGCCAUGAUCGACCCAACCCUCCUUCACUAUAGCUUCGCCUUCUGUGCAUCCCACGUCCAUGGGAACAGUCAACAAAUGCAUGCGUACCUUGGUGGGCUGCCACCAAACACAGACCCUGAAGGGAGCAAAACUCCCUCCCCAUCUGAACCAGAGGCUAAAAAAGAUACCAAAAAGGAAUCCAAAAAAAGAAAAAAUCCCAAAACCCAGGCAAAUCCAGAGCCUAAAAGGCCUGAUGGAAUUGGAACUGUGACUGUUGAAGAAAAGGAACGUUUUGAAGAAAUCAAGGAGAGGCUCCGGGUUCUAUUGGAAAAUCAGAUUACACAUUUUAGGUAUUGCUUUCCAUUUGGUCGACCUGAAGGUGCUUUGAAAGCUACCCUCUCACUCUUGGAAAGGGUCUUGAUGAAAGACAUUGUAACCCCAGUGCCACAGGAGGAGGUAAAAGCAGUCAUCCGUAAAUGUCUAGAGCAAGCUGCUUUAGUCAACUAUUCUCGACUGUCAGAGUAUGCCAAAAUCGAAGGGAAAAAGAGAGAAAUGUAUGAGCAUCCUGUCUUCUGCUUGGCCUCCCAAGUGAUGGAUUUAACCAUUCAGAAUCAGAAGGAUGCAGAAAAUGUAGGCCGGUUAAUCACUCCUGCCAAAAAGCUGGAAGAUACAAUACGUCUUGCUGAACUAGUCAUUGAAGUUCUUCAGCAGAAUGAAGAGCACCACGCAGAGGGGAAAGAGCCACAUGUUGAUAAAGGAGAAGCCUUCGCGUGGUGGUCAGACUUGAUGGUGGAACAUGCCGAGACGUUCCUGUCACUCUUUGCAGUGGACAUGGAUGCAGCAUUGGAAGUGCAGCCCCCAGACACGUGGGACAGUUUCCCACUGUUUCAGUUGCUGAAUGAUUUUCUCCGGACUGAUUAUAAUUUGUGCAAUGGAAAAUUUCACAGACACCUGCAAGACCUGUUUGCCCCACUUGUGGUUAGAUAUGUGGAUUUGAUGGAGUCCUCAAUUGCACAAUCCAUUCACAGGGGCUUUGAGCGGGAGUCAUGGGAACCAGUCAAGAGUUUAACCAGUAAUCUACCCAAUGUGAACCUACCCAAUGUGAACCUUCCCAAAGUACCAAAUCUACCAGUUAACAUCCCUCUAGGCAUCCCACAAAUGCCUACUUUUUCGGCACCGUCAUGGAUGGCUGCUAUAUAUGAUGCUGAUAAUGGAUCAGGCACUUCAGAAGAUCUAUUCUGGAAACUCGAUGCCCUGCAGACCUUCAUUCGGGACUUGCACUGGCCCGAAGAAGAGUUUGGAAAGCACCUGGAACAACGGCUGAAGCUGAUGGCAAGUGACAUGAUCGAAUCUUGUGUCAAAAGAACCAGGAUUGCAUUUGAAGUUAAGCUGCAAAAAACCAGUCGAUCAACAGAUUUCCGAGUCCCACAGUCAAUAUGCACCAUGUUUAAUGUUAUGGUUGAUGCCAAAGCUCAAUCAACAAAACUUUGCAGCAUGGAAAUGGGCCAAGAGCAUCAAUACCAUUCAAAAAUAGACGAACUAAUUGAAGAAACUGUUAAAGAAAUGAUAACACUCUUGGUUGCAAAGUUCGUUACAAUCCUGGAAGGAGUGCUUGCAAAAUUGUCCAGAUAUGAUGAGGGGACUUUGUUUUCUUCUUUUUUGUCAUUUACCGUGAAGGCAGCUUCCAAAUACGUGGAUGUGCCUAAACCUGGGAUGGACGUGGCCGAUGCGUACGUGACUUUCGUCCGCCACUCUCAGGAUGUCCUUCGUGAUAAGGUCAAUGAGGAGAUGUAUAUAGAAAGGUUAUUUGAUCAAUGGUACAACAGCUCCAUGAACGUGAUCUGUACCUGGCUGACGGACCGGAUGGACUUACAGCUUCACAUUUAUCAGUUGAAAACUCUAAUUAGGAUGGUCAAGAAAACCUAUAGAGAUUUCCGAUUGCAAGGAGUCCUGGACUCGACCUUAAACAGCAAGACCUACGAAACCAUCCGGAACCGUCUCACUGUGGAGGAGGCCACAGCGUCUGUGAGCGAGGGUGGGGGCCUGCAGGGGAUCAGCAUGAAGGACAGCGACGAGGAAGACGAAGAGGACGAUUAGAAUGCUCGGGCUCGGGGCCCGUUAGGACAGAGUCUUGUAAUCAAUGCAUGUCCUUAGUCUGUUAGUUAACCCCAUUAGGGAAUUUUCUGUCGACUACCAUGCCCAUGAGAUAUGUACCGAGACAAUUGCCAUUUUAGGUAUGUGGUACCAAGAUUAGCAAAUGACCUUUCAAAUACCAUUUUGGAGAAUACAUAGCUCAAUUGCUAGGUGUCCCCCUGUGUACAGCAGAGUCCAGUGAUGCUUCAUUAAUGUGCUGUGUGUGUACGUUGACAGUAAAUGGAUAUGAGGGCGAGUACGCCAAGUACCUUCUUUAUUUCCCAUAUGUGGAUGCCAGUUAUUUAAAUGAGUACAAUAAAUUAAUUUAAGACAAAUAGAUCUGCUUUGUUUUUUGAAAAACAAAAGGCAAGUCUCCAACAACCAACUCUUGGUUCCUUCUCUUCCCCUGAAACUGAAAAAAAUGAACCCUUGGCAUCCUUGUUAACCCAUACUGUCAUUUAUCCAAAUAAUUACCGAAAAAAAGGAUGGCUACAUACCAGUGGCUUGAUCCUCCUAAUUGCCGUGGCACGAGCGAUCCUCUCAUGACAUCCAGCACAGUUCAGAGCCACUGUCUUCUAUCAAAGUUUAUCCUAUUAAAUGUUAUGCUUUUAUGUUUCCAUAACCAUGUAUGUAAAAAAAACCUGAAUAUUUAAAUUAUGACCCUAGACUAUAAAUGUGUUUAUAUUAAGAUAUGGAUAUUUCCUUCAGUAGAUUGUAACCAUAGUUUAAAAUUAUUUUGUUCCAUGUUGGUUUUUAUAUCUGUCAUGUACAUUGCAUUUUGUUCUGUAACUGCAUGACCCUGGGGUCCUCUGCAGAGCUCUUUCUUUCUGUGUAAAGUAGUAGAUCCAUCUUGCUUUUGCCUUAUAUAAAGCCUACAGUUAUGAAAGUGCGGAAAACUGUGGCUUCUCAAUAAAUAACUAUUCAGAUGUCCC